AUGGCAUCCGUCUGGGAGCAGUACAAGGCCUUGCCACCUCGCACCCGCAUGUACAUCGGUCUUGGCGUGAUGGCGUUCGCUUCAGCCGGAUUGUAUAUCAGCGAUGCCAUGGAAGAGAAAUUGGACCCAGCACGUCGUCCAAUCAAGGAGUCAACAAGUUCCUCAUCGUCACGGAAGGCUUCAGACAGUGACAUCUCAAAGUAG